AUGUCCGAUCUAGACGACUUGCUCGCUGACUUGGCAGACGAAGUAUCUGAGCAAGAGGAGAAUGAUGGAGUGGAUGAAGAAAUGCUUGUAGCAACGGAGGAGACCACAGAUGCUGUUGAUGCGGACGACAUUAGCCACAUUGCGAAGCUCUUGCCUUCCGAUCGCAUGCAGUCUGUGCUGCGUCAGAUUGAUCAAUACGCCUCACAGGUUGAUAUGCGGAUACUUGGCAUUAUCGAGCAGGAUCCAGAGUACCAGCUGAUUGUCAAGGCAAACAACAUCUCACUGGAAGUGGACGACGAACUGCGACUAGUGACAAAGUGGCUACAAGAGCACUAUGCUGUACGCUUUCCCGAGCUUGAAAAGCUCGUGCUGAACCCUCUAGACUAUGCGAAGUGCGUGCGCAUGAUUGGGAACCAGGAAGAUCUUGUGCCACUAACAAGCAAGCUCAAUACAAUCGUACCAAAUGCAACAUCGAUGAGCAUUGCCGUCACAGCAACCACGACGGAUGGCCGAUUGCUGACUGAAGAUGAACUGCGAAAGAUUGAACGCGCUUGUGACAUGGCCAUUGGUCUGGACGCUGCCAAGGCGAAAAUUAUCGGGUAUGUGACUUCACGCAUCACCAUCAUUGCGCCCAACUUGUCGAAUAUCGUUGGCCCGUCGACAGCUGCCAAAGUCGUUGGACAAGCAGGUGGUAUCAAUGCUCUGGCUCGGCUACCAGCCUGCAAUGUACCCUCUAUUGGCAAGAAGCAGAUCGCGCAUGUUGGCUUUGCGCGAAGCAACGUCAAUCAAGGUUACCUCUAUUUUUCUCCACUCAUCCAAUCUGUUCCUGAAGAUGUACGCGUGCAAGCGCAGCGUAUGGUAUCAGGCAAGCUAGUCUUGGCUGCUCGCAUCGAUGCAGGCAACGGCAGUCCUGCAGGAGACAAAGGACUUGUAUUUCAUGAAGAGCUGGAGAAAAAACUUGAAAAGCUGUCUGAACCGCCUGAACUUAAAGAUGUCAAGGCACUUGCAGCACCUGAUGAUCCAGCCAAGAAGCGGCGCGGUGGCAAAAAGGUGAGGAAAGCCAAGGAGAAGUAUGCUAUCACCGAGCUGCAAAAGCUGAGAAAUCGUAUGGCGUUUGGUAAAGAAGAGGCGGAAGUAUCAUAUGGAGACGAUACGGAAGGUAUGGGCAUGGUCGGCUCGACCUCUUCUAUCCGUGCGCCGACAAUUGACAAGCGCACACGCGCGAAGCUGCCAAAAGCGAAGAUGAAGGGCGUCGGUGGCAUGCAGAGUUCGCUCAGCUUCUCGUCCGUUCAAGGAAUCGAGUUGCCUUCCCUCAAUGUCGAUGCGCUCAAGAAAGCACAAUCGGACAACAAGUGGUUCAAGUCUGGCACCUACACGCAGCUCAACCAAAAAUAA